AUGUCUCGGUUCAACGCUCCUAUCUUGUCCAAGGGUGGCCGAAAGGAUGGUGACGAUGACGUGUUCUGGCAAGAUCCCCACGACAGCUGGGAACAGACUCAACUCCCCGGAAUUGCCUGCGAAUGUUGCCAGAAGCUUACCGGCGCCCAGACCGUUCAUCAGAUGUGCAACGAUUGCUACAUCACCGUCUGCCGCGACUGCGUUGCGAAAGGCGAGAUCUCGAACCUCGACUCUCACGUCCCUCACGAGGUUGGCGAUUUCGACUGGGUAAAGCACUUGAGCCAGCCCGGCUCGGGCGCUCGUGGUCAGCCAUCCAUGGCCACCGCCGUCCCGGGCCGUCAGGCCAACACUCCUUCUGCCUCGGCGACCAAGGGCAAGUCAUCUGCUUCGAAAAGCUCUUCGAAGAAGGGCGGGAAGGCUUUCGGCAAGGACUCUGCAAGCCGAAUGACCCAGGUACGCCGAUUUCCACCCACCCACACCCCUCUCUCACUUCACCCAAAAGCUGAUGAUUUCCCCUCCUUCCGUUUUCUACAGACCACCCUCACCUCCAACCAGAAUUCGUCCCUUGCUCUAUCUACGCCAACAAAGGUCAAGAGUUCCUCCGGCACUUCCCAGCUUCGCCCUUCCACGCAGGCCAAGCAUUCGAAGAAGAAUAAGGCCAGCAAGAAGAAGAAGGCCAAGAAGACGUACUACAAUUCCGACUCCUACUCCGUUUUCGACGACGACGACGACGACAACGACAUGAGCGCUCUUUCCGACAAGGAGUACGUCCCGCCUGCGGAGGUCGGCGGCAAGGGUUCAGCCCCCAGCGCCGCCGUCGCCACCGCGGGCAGGGGCGUCGCUCCUGUCGGACUGGCGCAGUCCCGUCCCGUCCGCGCCGCUGCCAUCAACACUUACGAGAAGAUGCGCAGCGGCAGCGUGAAGGAGGAGCUCGAUGCCCAGGACCAGGUGAAGAUGUCCGAGAUCCCCGAGGCCGAGAAGUCCCAUGCCUCCAAAGGAAAGACCUCGCGCCUCGCCUACGGCGACUCGGCUGUCGAGCAGGCCAACAUCCCUGCCCAGGACCAUGGCUACGCCCAGCAGGGACAAGUUCAAGGCGGAGGCGCGUACCUCCAUGCUCCUCAGUACGGCGAGGGCUACCGUCACCGCGGUCUGCCGCAGCUUCACCCUGGUGCCACUCACAAGGCCAAGGCCUCUCCCUCUCCCUCUCCCGCCCAGCAGACUCAAGCCGUCCAAAGUCAUGCCUCCGCCAGCCUUGUGACCGAAAACAAGCGUGCGGCAACUGCUGCUGAGAAGGCCCCGGCCGCGAAGCGUCAGAACACGAGCAAGAUGGACUCCCUCACUGCCGGAAUGAGCUCCAUGUCUGCUGGCACCACCGAUACUCUCAGGAAGAUCGCGACUCCUCAGAAGGCUAAGGCUUCUGAGAACGGCGAAGCUCCUGAUAAUUUGCAACCCUCUCAGGAGGUUCAGGCUUCCCAGGCUCAGUCCUCUCAGGCUCAGUCAUCCACCCAGUUUCAGUCCUCCGCCCAAGCUCAGCUCUCUGCCCAGGCUCAGUCCUCUACCCUGGUUCAGGCCCAGAAGGAGAUGCAGAUUGGCAACCCGUUCCCAACCCAGUCACAGAUCCAGGUUCUGCUGCAGCAGCACAUCUUCCCACCCCAGCGCAUUGCCCCGAACGUCACCCCCGAAGAGCGUGAAGCCAGCCGCCGCCUCGUCACCGCCAGCAUGGUCGAUAUCAUGGAUGCGAUUCAACACAAGGUCAAGCUUCACGUCCGCAACGGCGGUGUCUCCGCAGCCCAGCGGUAUGAUAGCAUCCUCCGCGAGGUCGUUCACAAAGCUUGGGUGGCCAACAUCGUCUUGACCCUGAUGAAGCGCAGAAACGGAGAGCUGGCCGCGUUUCAGCUCCUUCGCGGCUAUACCAACACCAUCAUAGUCAACAUGAACUUGGGACAAUGUCCCCUGACGAGAAACUGGAUGGACGCAACUGAUCAAGAUAUCCAAUCCACCGCUGCGUUCGUUCCUGACAUUGUCCAGAUAAAUCAAGUUCAGUCUGCCGUUCAGCCUAGCCUCACCUUCCCCAUCAAUGGCGAGGAUGUGGUGGGUGCCAACACUCUGAUGUUCAUGUCGGCUGGCGGCCACGGCAGUUAAUACGCACACGACCUACACCACCUGGCACUGAGGAUUCUCGCUCUUACUAGUGUUACGACAUGGAAAGGCUGCAUUUCCUUCGAAUAGCGACUUUGGUACACCGGCUCGGGUUUUAGUAUCGGCAUUGGGUUUCCGCGUCGUUUUGUUUUAGUUUGAGCAUUGCGUUUUUUCUCUUGGCUUCACGUCCCUUUGUUAUAAUCCUUUCUUUCCCGUCAUGGAUUUGGAUUCUUCAGCAUUGGUUGGCUGAGGAAUGGUCUGGAUUGGUUUGGGACUGGCUUUGGGUUUGCGAGAUACCCCCAUCUCUGUUAUUGCAUUUGGUCAGACUGGCGUUGAAAAGGGCGUAGGUUCAGGACAGACUAGGGUUAGAGAUGGC